AUGUCGCGUCUGCUGGCCCCCCUCGUCGUUGCGUCGCUGCUCGCCUCGGGGGCUUUUGCGAAAACUGUGACGGGACUUUUUAAGAGCGAAGCGGCGAGACGGCAGAAGGGCCAGCUCAUCACCAAAUUCAUGUACCAAGGCGAUGGCGGUCUGCUGGCGUGCCGGCUGGAGAACUCUGCCCUGGCCUCGGAGAAGGAGUCCAGGCUGCUGCUGUACCAGGACAUGGACCCGGACCUGGACGACCUCAGCUGCUCCGAGAGGCUCGAGAAAUCUCAGUUCACCCUUCCUCUCAGCGAUGAGCAACACAACCAGUCGAUCCCUCGUCUGUCCUCUCCGACCACCUGGCAGGUGCUGUACGCCGACCGAUACACAUGUCAGGAGGGUGCAGUGAUUCCUCAGCACGCCGAUCUGCGUUUCACCGUGCUGCUGUUGAACCCCGACUCGGCCGGCAAUCCUCUGGAGCACUUCAGCGCCGAGGAGGCAGGUCUCCACGGCUUCUACUUCCUGCUGCUGCUGGCCUACUUUGUCGCCUGCUGCAUCUACUGCCGGCCUCUGUGGCAGGCUCUGAGGAAAGGGGGGCCCAUGCACGCUGUCCUCAGGGUGCUGACCACGGCGCUGGCCUUGCAGGGCUGCUCCGCUCUCUGCAACUACAUCCACCUGGCCAGGUAUUCCAGAGAUGGGACUGGUAUUCCUCUGAUGGGCAGCCUGGCAGAGUUCUGGGAUAUGGUGGCCCAGGUGUCCGUGCUGUACAUGUUGCUGAGUAUGUGCGUGGGCUGGACUCUGGGCCGCGGCAGGAAGCCUCAGUCCAGACCUCUGCAGUGGGAGCGGUCUCCGACUUCCACAGCGGUGGCUGUUGGUGGAGGCGUCCUGCAGGGAGCCCUGCUGCUGUGGGAGCAGUGCUUCGAGUCCCAGAGUCAACGUCACAGCGACCACGUGCAGCAGAGUCUCGCGGGUCUCCUCCUCAUGGCUCUCAGGGUGGUCCUGGCCCUGCUGCUGGCCUCCGUCCUCUACCAGAUCACCUCCACCGAGAGGAGCACCCUGAAGAGAGACUUCUACCUCUGCUUCGCCAAGGGAUGCUUCCUGUGGUUCCUCUGUCACCCCGUCCUCUUCCUCGUGUCGGCUGUCUUCAACGAGUACCAGAGGGAGAAGGUGGUGACCAUCGGCGUCGUCCUCUGCCAGUCCAUCGCCAUGGUGAUCCUCUACCAGCUCUUCCUGUCCCGCUCUCUCUACUGGGAGGUCUCCUCUCUCUCCUCCGUGUCUCUGCCGCUCACCAUGUCCCGGGCGAACCAACGGGGGCGCUACUGAAGCACGCCCGCUCCCUCGAUUGCCCGCGAGCGGAAAAAAGGCGACCCCGGGGCUGCACCGCACCUCCCCCCCGCCGCCCGUGUCCGAGCACGGAGACGCCUCGAGCGGGAAGGCGGGAGGAUGGUAUGCAGGUUGCCAGGGAGCUACAGCACGGGUCACAAAAUGACCACGGGACGAUAUUUACUGCGACACCCGACUUCUAGCCGGGGGGAAGCUGCAGAGCCGGAGGAGAGACGUCUGAUUCCAGCCGGGUGUCGUAACGGCCGGAUGGGCGAUUCCUCAACGGAUCCUGGUCAUUCCACUUGUUCUGCUCGUUGAACUGGACUCGGACUGGAUCAGAUCGCCACAGAGAGCUCGUAAGAUUAAAGUAGGAGGGAUCUAUUGUGGAUUUAAGUGGAAGGCUGCUUUUAGUCGAUAGUUUUCUUGUUGGCACCAAAUCCCAUGAAAACCCACAACCAACAAUAAAUUCCGCUUGGUCCCAGUGAAGAUGUCAAAAAGAUAUAGUUUAAUUUUUAAAAAAGGCUCAGUAACUUCUUGUAAUGGCAAUGGACUGUUUUUAUGCGACUCAAGCAGCUGAAUAUCUGGGGACUAUUUUCAGAUCCAGGUUAUUAAUGUGGUGGCCCAUUUUAUGUGUUUAUGAUACAUUUCAAACAUACCACAGUGCGUGUUCAAGACAAUCAAGGAAAAUGUGCCCGUUCGGGGGAUUUAUUUACAGCAAGAGAUGAUCAUUUUCGGUAGAAAGAUGUUUCAUGGAUAAACCGAUGUAGAGAGAUGAUUAGGGAGAAUGGAAUACGGAUGGUUUCAGUAUGUAGGCGGGUAAAGAAAUGGAUAUAAUAUAAGGAUUUUGGGGUAAAUUUUGUCUUUGUACAUCCAAAGGGGCUGUUGAAGAAAAGUUUCAACAAGGUCAAAUGGUUCAGGGGAGCUUUAUUCACUGUGCAGUGGAGGCCGAAGUUCACAACAAGGCUGUGAAUUCUGUCUGGCCAGAGUGCUGUGUGGCCAUGAUCAUACAAAGGCAAUAAAAUAGAAGUUACUCAAAAGACGGGCGUCUGACCGAGCUUUCAGGGCGAACGAGGGAGGUCGAAAUGAUCACUACAGGGGCUGAGUAGCUCCAUAGUACCCAGCUCACAGGUCUGUAGAGAUUUGUAGGUCCGUUCUAAAGAACACCGGUUGAUUGAUUUAAUGAGUCUCUGUGCGCGCCAGUUCUUAACAGGAACCUGACUGUACCUACCAGAGGUUGGUUGAUCAAUGUAAAUGAGUUUUUGUCUUUGACAGGGGGUUCUGGGAAAGGAAUGACAGCAAGGAAUUUACAAAAGCAUCAUAAACAAAGAUGAAAUGAAACUAAGGGAAGUAUCUCUUCUUCCACAGAGCCAAGAGGCCGGAUAUGAAUCUGUACUUUAUAUUAAUAGUUCUCUCUGAUCUGACAGCAUGUGAACCUUUUAAGAUUGUUACCUACUGAUAUAGCUGGAAACACACUGUGACUAAUGGUUCUUCUACCUUUUUAUUCUUCCAUUCCCUUCGCCGUGAGCAUGACGACACCACCUGGUGCAAUCAUAUUUCUAAAGCCACACUUAAAACUCUUACCUUUUCAAAUGAUUCAGCUCUAUUUUGAGCCCAGCGUGACGUCCUACAAUUAAGGGUCAUUCUGUUCAAGCCAAGUGGCAAAAGGCUUGUGGUUUUUAGUAAAUUAUAUCGUUCAUAUUUGUGAAAGUUGGUGUGCACUAAACUUUACCUCCAGAAGAAAAAUUCAAAACAGGUUUUAUCAUUGCUUACUAUCGUUGGGUUUAAUCUUAUUCUAACUAACAAAAUAUGGGGCCUUAACAUUGACUCCUUGGAUUGUUAAUAAUAGAAAAACAGAGGGAAACAACUUUCCAGUCGUUCCCUCUCUUUUUCAUUAUUCACACUCCAGUUUCCAUAUAUUAAAUGUAUGUAUUUUCUCAGCAACCUGUGUAAAAUAGUGGAUCUGUGAUCAUAUAAACUCUAAUAAAAUAACUGUUAAAGCAACCAACCUCA